ACGUUGCCAUUAUGUCGGAUGCAAUUCGUAUAGUUUCAGGACAGAUCGAGCUCUGCUAAUAGGAAGAAGAAGAACCCUCUAGGGUUUAUCAGAUACAGCUCUACCAGGAUUUGAACUCAUAGAAAAUAAAUCGUUUGCUAUUGAAAUACCAAACAGAGGCAAUGAUGCAAUUUGCUCCAAGUGAGGGUGAAACUGCUUUGUCCAUAGUUGGUCCAAGGCCAAUGGAAUUGUCUACGCAUAGUGCUCGCCCAGCACCCGGGCCAAAUGGAAAACAAAGGACUUCCAGUUUGGAAUCGCCAAUCAUGUUGUUGACAGGUCAUCAGAGUGCUAUAUACACAAUGAAAUUUAAUCCUGCUGGAACAGUUGUUGCAUCUGGGUCUCAUGACAAAGAAAUUUUCUUAUGGAAUGUUCUUGGGGAAUGCAAGAACUUUAUGGUUCUGAAGGGGCACAAGAAUGCUGUAUUGGAUCUUCACUGGACAACUGAUGGGUCUCAGAUAAUAUCAGCGAGUCCAGACAAGACUGUGGGGGCAUGGGAUGUUGAAACAGGAAAAAGAAUAAAAAAGAUGGCAGAACACUCAUCAUUUGUGAAUUCUUGCCAUCCUGCUCGAAGGGGACCGCCUCUUAUUGUCAGUGGAUCUGAUGAUGGAACUGCCAAACUAUGGGAUAUGCGUCUGAGGGGUGCCAUCCAAACAUUUCCUGAUAAAUAUCAAAUUACAGCUGUCAGCUUCUCUGAUGCAUCAGAUAAAAUCUUUACCGGAGGCAUUGACAAUGAUAUUAAAGUUUGGGAUUUGCGCAAGGCUGAAGUAAUGAUGACACUUCAAGGCCAUCAAGAUAUGAUAACAGGUAUGUCAUUGAGUCCCGAUGGCUCUUAUCUUCUGACUAAUGGAAUGGACUGCAAGCUCUGCAUUUGGGAUAUGCGCCCAUAUGCACCACAGAAUCGUUGCGUGAAGAUAAUGGAAGGCCACCAGCACAAUUUUGAAAAGAACUUGUUGAAAUGUAGCUGGUCCCCUGAUGGAAGCAAGGUCACGGCCGGAAGUUCUGAUCGGAUGGUUUAUGUUUGGGAUACUACUUCUCGACGCAUCUUGUAUAUGCUUCCUGGCCACACUGGAUCUGUCAAUGAGUCUGUAUUCCAUCCCACUGAACCCAUUAUUGGAUCUUGCGGUAGUGAUAAGCAGAUCUAUCUGGGGGAAAUCUGAGUUGUACUGAUAUAAUGCAGCAUCUUCGUAUUUGUUGUGGUAGUGACUUUUGACAAUAGUUUAAUUUCGGAAGGGUUGUAUCUUGCUGUAGUUUCCAUAUUGGAUUUUGACGGAUUUAAGUGUAUAAGCAUUUUGAUUAGAUUUGCCA